GCAGACAGGGUGGGGACUGACUGGACAUACUGUGGUAGGGAGUUCCAGAGAAUGGGAGAGGCUCUGGAGAAGUCCCGGAGUCGAGCGUGGGAGGAGGUGAUAAGGGAGCUAGAGAGGAAGAUAUCUUGGGAGGAGCGAAGUGGGGGCGAUAUCUGCGGAUGUGGUUGGCGAUGUAGCUGGGGGCAGUGUUGUGGAUGGCUUUGUAUGCUGUGGUUAUUUAUACGUUGGUUAGUGGAAGCCAAUGAAGGGAUUGGCAGAGAGGGGUGGAGGACACUGAGUGGAGGCCAGUGGAGGGAUUGGCAGAGAGGGGUGGAGGACACUGAAUGAAGGCCAGUGGAGGGAUUGGCAGAGAGGGAUGGAGGACACUGAAUGGAGGCCAGUGGAGGGAUUGGCAGAGAGGAGGGUGGAGGACACUGAAUGGAGGCCAG